UACAGUGUCCUAUUGUAACCUCUUCCAGUGAAGAUUUAUUAGCACAUUAUCCAUUAUUUCGAGUGCGUCGACAAAUAUUUACAGAACGAAGACGAUAUAAUUUAAUACCUGUUCAAUAUUACGAUAUUCCUCCAUUUAUUGGUGUUGAAAAUUUUCCUCGAAAUCCUAUGCGUCCAGUUCCUGCAAAUAUUCCAAUUUCAGCAGAACGACCUGAAGAGGAAGUAUUGGGAUCAACUCGCGGGGCCAUUGUUUCUGUUCUUAUUAUAUUUUUAUGUUCCAUUUUGGCAUUGAUGUAUGUUUAUACGAAUUUUCCCAACUUAGAAGAACAUGAAAAACAACAUAUUAAAAUUCCUUGGGAUAUUACAGAUGCAAAAAAUUUAGGAAUAGUAUUAAGUAGAUAUAAGGACAAGUAUUAUUUCGAAGUAUUAUCUGGCGUUUGUGUUACAUAUAUAUUUUUACAAACUUUUGCCAUUCCAGGAUCGUUAUUUUUAUCCAUUUUAUCCGGUUUUUUAUUUCCAUUUUUUGUGGCGCUAGUGCUGGUAUGUUCCUGUUCGGCGAUUGGUGCAUCAUUGUGCUAUUUACUAUCACAAUUAUUAGGACGACGUAUUGUUUUUAGAUAUUUUCCAGAUCGUGCCAGAGCAUGGUCACAAACCGUACAUAAACAUAAAAAUAAUUUACUAAAUUAUAUGCUAUUUUUACGAAUCACACCAUUUGUACCAAAUUGGUUUAUUAAUUUAACGGCACCUGUGAUUGGUGUACCAUUAUAUCCAUUUGUGAUGGGUACCUUUUUAGGUGUUGCACCACCAUCGUUUGUGGCUAUCCAAGCUGGACAAACCUUACAGAAUAUUACAUCAUCAAAUGAUACAUUCUCAUGGACAUCUGUGAUUUUACUAACAGUGUUUGCUGUUUUAUCAAUGAUUCCUGUACUUCUUCGGGAUAGGUUCAAGAAUAAAUUUGAAUAAAUUUAGUUAAAUUAAUUUUUUGUCAUUUGUUUAAUAAAUAUUUUCUGUUGUUCAAUGUUUAAAUGAAUGUCAAAGGACACCCAUUUUUUAAUUUAUUGUUAUAAUUAUAAAAAAAUACUUAGUUAAAUUACUAUUGGGUACAUGCAUUAAUCGAAUUAUGGGAACAGGGAUUUUAAUUAACUUCACUCUGCAAAAAAAGGUUGUUGUAAUUUAUAUUGAAAUUUUUAAUUUUUGGAGAAAGGUACUUAGUUUUAUGAGAUAUUUAUCUUCGAAAUAACUCCCUUAACACAAUAAUGACUUGUACAUAUACAUAUAAUACUAUAUGUAAUCCGUGCAUUUUAUGUGACACUGAGAUACAUCAACACUUUCAAAAAUUUGACAUUAAUCCAAACUUUUCACAGAAAAAGCCAAGUAAAAUGUUGUUUUGUCGAAAAAAUAUAAGGAAUUAUUCAAUAAAAUGCACGAUUUUCGUUAAAUCAUCAAAAUUUGUUUUAGUGCCUGCAAAGUAGUCACUAUAACCAUACUAAUUUUGUUUUAUGGACUCGAUUAAUUUUAUUUUCGAAACUUUACCGGGUCGGAAUGAAUUAAUUUAUGCGUGUACCCAAUAAUUGCUGUAGUUAGAUUAAGUAUGGCCUGAGUAUCAGAAUAAAAAGAAUUGUGAUUAACCAAAAUUUUAAAGAUAUAGUGAUGGCAUUAAUUUUAUGGAUAAUUUUAUCUUAAUUGAGCUUUGAUGGGAUAGGAGCACCUUAAUGCAAAGUUAUACGCACACAUUAAUGAGAAAAUCUGUAUCUGUAUAUUCAUUUUAUUUAAUCACAUAGUUUCAGUUUUCAAUUUAAAACGCGUGUGACGCCGAAUGAUACUCAGAGCCUAAUAAAUCUAAAUAUAGCUAUUAUCAAUUUUUAAUUUAUUGUUAUGAUUGUAAAAAUUUAGUUUAAACAAUUGUUAUUUGUUCACAAUACACAGUGCACUGAUACGCUACUGGACGUUCUCAAAGGCUGAAGAAUGUAUAGAAGAACUAUAUUUUUUUCCAUUUCUUUUAAAAUGUAUAAAUAAAAUUACAUUUGUUUAAUGAUUUCCAUUUUUCAAAAUCAAAAUUUGUAUAUUCACUGAAAAGCAGUAUAAUUUGCUUUUUAAAACGUGACAAAAAAUUGCAGUUCAGAUAUGCGUACAAUAUAUAGUAUAUGCAACUGUAAAGAACUAAAAGCAGUUGUUAGAAAUUUCAAUGAAUAGAACAGGGGAGCAAAGUUGAUUGUAUUGCAACUUUAUUUCAUUGUUAUUCAUUACUUUCUUUUAUUUAUUCAAUACAAAAUUAUUUCACAAUUUGUUAUCACAAUUAUUUCACAAAUCUUUUAAAAAGACAAAUAAAU